UGAAGUAACUUGACUUUGAAUUUUCUUCACUUAUUUUUUUUUUGGUCCUCCAUUUGAUGUUCAACUUGAGAAAUGAAACCCUCCUAUUCUUCUUAAAAUUGGGUAUUUUUUUUCCCCUUUUUGGAGAAUAAGAUUUUGCUUGUGUUUUGAUUCUGUUUUUCAAUUUGAACUUGCUAUGGAGGGUUGAGUGUUUUAGUGUGGCUAGUAGAAACCAUUUUUUGAGUUACUGCAGCUCUCGCUAGUGUUUUGAGGCAUGAGGAUCAAGUCCUUUUGCUCUUUUCACGUUUGGCUUAAAAUAGCAAAACUUAAAGUUUGUGUAGGGUUAAGAGGAAUUGGGUCUUAAUCCUUUGAAGGGUUAAAGACAACCACAACUGGAUUUUUUUUUCCUCCCCUGGAAGUGAUGGUGCAGAACUCGCUUGGACAUCAGAACACGUGAGUGAAAAUUUUGGGAUUUCUAUCAGAACUUUGCAGCACUGUGUGUUUUAGCAUGGGGGGUGCUUGUUGUGUUGCUGCUAGAGACAAAAAUAUAGUAAAUGGACCAAGCACAAGCAGUGAAAUAUUGCAUAGGAAUAUUCGGUGUUCGCCAACAUGGAGCUUUAGGUGGGAUAAUAGAGGGCGAGUAGCUGGGGAAGAGACUUCCAUACCUUGGUUUUCAGAUGCAAAUCGUGGGAAUGGUGGACCAGAUAUUAAAUGUGAAUCAGCCUAUGCUUCAGAGGAUGGAAGCCCCUUACAUAGUUUUCGGAGGCGUGCAAGGCAGAAGUCAUCUGAAGCUACGACUGCACCUGUGAAGACUUCUGCUUCAGAUCAAUCCAUAUUAAGGAACAUCUCAAUGGACACAAGUUUGGAACAGGUGAAGGAGUCAACAGAAUCCCCAGCAGCUUUGGAUCCAUCUCCCACAAAAUUAUCCAUCUCAUUGCCUUCAACUUCAUCCAUAACAUCUCUAAUUUCAUCCCAAAUUAAUCCGCAUACUGUUGGCUCAACCACUUCAAGUUGGCCUGAGAACUCUUCUCCCCAUCAGUCAAUGGGGCAAGUUCCUGAUACACAAAUCCCAGAAUUAAAGUCAUCAAACAGCUGUUCAGUUCCUGAAGAGAGGUCCUCGGUCCCCUCAUGGAGCAACGAAUCAACUCAGGGAUCCCAUGGUGGCUCUUCAGAUGGUUGGUCUAUGCACGCAUUUUCUGAGCUCAUGGCCACUUCUCAUAGAGAAAGGUGGUCUUUUGACGAUGACUCCUUGAGCUUCAAUCAUGAGAAAACUAGAUCCAGUGGUCAAAUAUCAUCUUCUCCCUCUGUUGAUCUUCAAACAUGUGGGAUUUGCUCAAAGCUGUUGGCUGAGAAAUCUUUGUGGAGCAGCCAUAAGCUCGGUUUAAGUAAUGAGCUGUCUAUGGUUGCCGUUCUAACUUGUGGGCAUGUUUAUCAUGCUGAGUGUUUGGAGACUAUGACGCCUGAAAUUAGCAAGUAUGAUCCUCCUUGCCCUGUUUGUACUUUGGGGGAGAAGCAGACACAGAAGCUGUCUCAAAAAGCUUUUAAAGCAGAAAUGGAGUUGAAUGCAAAAAACAAGAAGUCAAGGAACCGGGUUGUGGACAGUGAUUUUGAUGGUGAUUCCAUUAUGUUUGAUCGCCUGAAAGUUAGUGGGCAUGCAGGAAAGGAUCCCAAGAUGGCCACCAGUUCCAGCAUGAAGGGCUCCUUAGCAAAGCCUUUCUUGAAGAGGCAUUUUUCGCUUGGAUCGAAGGUAAGUAAAUCCUUAGCAGCAGAGAACAACACAACCAAAAAGAAGGGAUUCUUCUGGACUAGAUCCUUGAAGGUGUGAGGUUUUUACUAACGUUUAAGAGAUUCAGGUUUUGACUUGCAUGGAGAAGGGGUUGCAAGGAACACAGGGAGCAUCAUCCUCAAGCUUGGUUAGAAACAUCUGCCCCUGCAUACGCAUUCUGAUAUGGCAACAGGAUUAGCUGUGAAGUUACACUGUAAAGAGAAGUAAAGAAUUUCAUAGAAAAAGAAAUGCUAUACCGAUCAUGGAAAAUUAGUGGAAUGAAAAUGCAUCACGAGACUGGUGAUCUUAUUCUUAUUUUGUACAGAUCUAAUUUGUUUCUUGCUUAGACAAUUCAUGAGUUGAUCCAAUUUAAUUUGUUUCUUGCUAA